AUGUCUCUCUCCAGCGCCCUCCUCGCCGCCCUGUGCAUCUGCAUCGGCGUGGCAACAGCACAAGCCCCGUGCCCGACCGAUGGAAACUUCAAGCUGCACAUAGGCUCAAGGCUGCAAUACCUCGAGCCCGCCAACCCGUGCAAGGGCGACGGAUGCUACACCUACUUCAACACCACCAAGAGCACGGAGUACGAGUUCGCCAUCGCCAACGGAACGACGCAUCUCGUCCUCGCCAAUGUGCCCGCCGGCUCGCCCGCACGCGUCGGCCUUUAUGCCGACACUCGUCCGGACCCGGAUCACCCGGUGCUCGACGUCAUCCUCACCUCAUCGCCGCCGACCAACAUGAGGUGUCAUAUUCGACCGGCUCCUAGCGACGAUGACACGUGCGAUCUGGUAUGUCUAGGUGACUACAAGGGCAACGUGACGCAAGGGUCGACUAUCCUUCUGGGUCGGGCGGCACAUGACCAGUGGGCGCUGGGGCACUUCGAGGGCGGUCCCAAGAUCAAGGUCAAGGUGGAGUACACCUGA